GCUGCGGGGGCUGCGGGGGCUGCGGGGGCUGCGGGGGCCGCAUCCGGCCCCGACACCUGCCGGCAGAAGGGCUGGAGGGGACCCCGCGCCCGGCUCCGUCCCGAUCCCUCCCGCGGUGCAGGCAGGAGCCAUGACCCAGGGGAAGCUCUCUGUGAACAACAAACCCCCCGGCUCUGAGGGGCAGGGGGACAAGAAGGACAAUGCCACAGCCCCCCCGGCUCCUCCGUCCUAUGAGGAGGCGACAGCGGGAGAAGGGAUGAAAUCCGGGGCUUUUCCUGCCCCGCCCACGGCCCCGCUCCACCCCAGCUGGGCUUACGUGGAUCCCAGCACCAGCCCCAGCUACGGCAGCGGGGGGUACCCGGGGGACACGGAGCUGCUCACGACCUUCAGCUGGGACGACCGGAACGUGCGCAGGGUGUUCAUCAGGAAGGUUUACGCCAUCCUGAUGGUCCAGCUCCUGGUCACCGUUGUCAUCGUGGCUUUCUUCACCUUCUGUGAACCAGUCAAGGGCUACAUCCAGACCCACUCCGCCUGGUACUGGGCUUCCUACGCCGUGUUCUUCGUCACCUACCUGAUCCUGGCCUGCUGCUCCGGGCCCAGGAGAUACUUCCCAUGGAAUCUGAUCCUGCUCAGCAUCUUUACCCUGUCCAUGGCCUAUCUCACUGCGAUGCUCUCCAGUUACUACAACACCAAGUCGGUGCUGCUGUGCCUGGGGAUCACGGCCCUGGUCUGUCUGUCUGUCACCAUCUUCAGCUUCCAGAGCAAGUUCGACUUCACCUCGUACCAGGGCGUUCUCUUCGUGCUGCUCAUGGUGCUGUUCCUGGGGGGGCUGGUCCUGGCUGUCAUCCUGCCCUACCAAUAUGUCCCGUGGCUCCACGCGAUCUACGCUCUGCUCGGGGCUGGGAUCUUCACCCUGUUCCUGGCCCUGGACACGCAGAUGCUGAUGGGGAACCGCCGGUACUCGCUGAGCCCCGAGGAAUACAUCUUUGGAGCCCUCAACAUCUACCUGGACAUCAUCUACAUCUUCUCCUUCUUCCUGCAGUUCUUUGGCUCCAGCCAGGAGUGAGGGCAGCGGGGCAGGACGCUCCCUGUGCUGGCAAAUGCGAGGGGUUAAACUGGGGAGCAGAGGUGAAAGGGUUCAAAGCCGCCAGCCUGAGCCAAUCCCUCCCUUUCUGGCCCAUCCAACGCACGGAGGAGCCCCAGGCCCCUCCCGCAGCUUUGUACAUUUGCUGCCAGGCCUUUGUGACCCAGAGAGCAAAGCAGGGCUGCAGUGUCGUGUCCCUUCUGCUCCCCCCGCUCCCGCCCAGCCCAAAGCAGCCCAGAGGCUGGGGGCAGGAGACCGGGACCUGCCUGGCCCCAGGGGCUGCUGGAGGUGCCCUCUGAGUCCUGCCCAGGGCUGUGACAAAACAACAGUGAGGGCAGCAGAGCAGGGACUUUGCUUAGAUCCUGGCAGGAAAAGCAGCUGAGCCCAGGGAAAAGCCUUGGGGAAUCCUUGCAUUGCCCUGUUUCCCACAGUCCAUUGGAGCUCGGUGGCCUCUGCGCUAUUCCUGGUGGCUCCUGCUGUUGGAAACGUGGAGUGUGGGAUCACGUAGCUGGAUUUCAGUGCUCCAGGCACAGAGAACCUGUUUGUUCAGGACGUGCAGCUCUCUGAGGUCAUCCCUGGUGCCACUGCAGGAAAAAUUCCCCUGGAUCCCUUGCAUCUGGCUGAGUGCCCUUCCCUUCCCUUCCCUUCCCUUCCUUCCCUUCCCUUCC